GAGAACUGCCUUUUUGAAGUGGAGGGAAAGAAAACAAUCCGGCUUGUCUCAUAUUAACAUUUCAGCCAUGAGUGGAUGCCCAUAUUUUCAGAGGAAAUUUGUGUCAAGCAGUAAGCAGCAUCAGAAAGAAGAUGAGAAUGAUGAUUCUCAGACUGGAAUUAACAAGGCCAGUAAAGGAGGUCUUAUUUAUGGUGACUAUCUGCAGCUGGAUAAAAUAGUGACAUCUCAGGUGCUUCAAAGUGAGCUGAAGGGAAACAAGAUCCAUGAUGAACAUCUGUUCAUCGUCACACAUCAAGCAUAUGAACUGUGGUUUAAACAAGUUCUGUGGGAGCUGGACUCGGUGAGAGAAAUCUUCAUCAGUGGACAUGUACGUGACGAGCGAAACAUGCUCAAAGUCAACACUCGCAUCCACAGGAUUGUGAUGAUAUUCAGACUAUUGCUUGACCAGUUUGCUGUUCUGGAAACCAUGACUGCCUUAGACUUCUAUGACUUCAGGGAAUAUCUCUCAUCUGCUUCAGGCUUCCAGAGUCUGCAGUUUCGACUGUUGGAAAAUAAGAUUGGGGUCCAGCACAACCAGAGGGUCCCCUACAACAGAAGGCAUUACCGGGACAAUUUCCGUGACCAGGAAAGUGAGCUGCUCCUCCACUCAGAGCAGGAGCCCACACUGCUGCAGUUAGUGGAGCAAUGGCUGGAGAGAACGCCUGGCUUGGAGGAAGACGGCUUCAAUUUUUGGGGGAAACUGGAAACCAAUAUUCUCGGCGGGCUCAGGAGAGAAAAGGAAAAAAUAGAGCAAAAACCAGCCUCGGAAAUGAAAGAGGAGAUGAUGGCCGAGCUCAUUAAGCAGAGAGACAUUUUCUUAUCGCUCUUUGAUGAGAAAAGACACGAUCACUUAGUAAGCACAGGUCAGAGGAGGCUGUCCUAUAAAGCACUGCAAGGAGCCCUGAUGAUCUACUUCUAUAGGGAGGAGCCUCGAUUUCAGGUUCCUUUCCAGCUCCUGACAUCUCUGAUGGACAUCGACACCCUCAUGACAAAAUGGAGAUACAACCAUGUGUGUAUGGUGCACAGAAUGAUUGGCAGUAAAGACGGCACAGGUGGCUCAUCAGGCUAUCAUUACCUGCGCUCCACUGUCAGUGAUCGCUACAAGGUGUUUGUGGAUCUGUUUAACCUGGCCACCUUCCUGGUUCCGAGGGAGUGGGUCCCCAAGCUGGACCCGAGUGAGCACACCUUCCUGUACAUGGCCGAAUGCUGCGACAGCUCCUACUGCAGCAGCAGCGAUGACUCUGACUAAACAGAUGCAGGGAUGAGAAAAGGAUGGACAGAGUACAGAAGAAGAAGAAAAGUCUACCAUCCCCAAGAUUUGUCACCAAAAACUUUUUAAAUGGCAGAAUGAGACGCUACAAAGCUGUGCUGAUUUUACAGAUGUUAAGUUAAUUUAACAACAGCGUCAACAAAAUAUCUACAUCAGUGAAACUGUUGAUGCACUUGUGUAUAUACUGUCAAUAUAAUGUAAUAUUAUAACCGGUUUCUAUUUUGUAAAUACAAUAUACACAAAUACAGAUAUAGAGAAACUUCUUGUUUAUUUGGGGGGAAAAAAACAGACCACAUUUUUGGUCCAGAUGUAAACUUGGAUAGAAUAGAGUUUAUAUACUAUCAGUAAACAUUUCAGAUUAUUCUUCAAAUGUAAUAGCAAAUGCAAAACUGUGAAACAGAAUAAAAGUAAGCUUUGUAGUUA